CCUCGUCCCUCUCUGUCGUCCGUCGUUCUUCGAAGUCCGUUACAAAACCUGCUCCUCCCCUCCUGCUCGACUAUUACUUGGUGUCAGCAGCGUGUAUACUCUGUACCCUGUGCGCUACUGCAUCCUUCCAUCGUUAGGCCUGAGUGUUGUUGUUGCCCCCCUACCACUCCAAGUCGAGAAUCAUUGGUCCUGCGCGAGGUCCGCAACUUCCUCGACCCGUCCCGACCCAGCUGGGGGCUCCAUAUCUCAAAAAGGUACCUGGCCUGCUCGUUGCAUCGCGAGGGUCUCGUCUUGUUUCUGCUCCUCUUCUCUCUCUCUCUCUCUCUCUUCUGUCUUUCUCUUUGACUCUCCAUUGUAAAGAGAUCUGCUACACCCCCUCCUCCUCUUCCUCCUCCUUCCCCCCCUUUGCAGGGCGCCCUUUUCAACAGCAACCGCGCAAACCCACUCUCGCAUCUCCGAUUGAGCACUUCAACAGCUCCUUGCGACUUCGGCUCUCCGCGACCACCACCCUCGAUCUCCGACGACGUUUCGUCAAAACCACUUCUAAUUUUUUUUCUCUUGUACCCUGGUCGCUGUUUCUUCCAAUCUUUCUUCUCGUGCGCAAAACAUCGCGAACACGCAACAAAAGAAAAGAAGCCGCGCGAGUCUUGAUCACAAUAGACGUCAACGGCGUCGGCUUUCUCAACGGACUUCGCCUCGGUCCUUUUCUCUCCGGCCGUUAUACCCCCCAUGCCUUCGCAAUAGACGAUUUUGACACACCGCAACUCUCGCCAUGAUAUCCUCAACACUUCUCCCCCGCCGCUUUCGGGGCGAGCAGCCCGCUACCCAACCGGCCGCCCCCUCCUGGGUCAACAAGAAGAUCACGCCCGCUCUCAAGUUCCUCUCUAAGCUUGCUUGCUCCCAUCCGAUCCACACCGUCGUCAUCGUCGCCGUCUUGGCCAGCACCUCGUACGUUGGCCUGCUGCAGGAGAGCCUGUUCGAUGCCACCAUCAGCGUCCGCACCGCCGACUGGUCCUCCCUCACCGAGGGCAGCCGGAGACUCCAUGCCAGCUCCGACACGGCCUGGAAAUGGCAGAAUGUAGAGCUCGAUGCCUCCAUCUCGCCCGAUGUCGACCACCGCGCCCUCCUGACCCUCGUCUUCCCCGAGUCCCAGUCGCCCGAGUCCAUCAACACCGCCCCGCGCACCCAUGCCGUCCCGAUCCCCCAGAACCUGUCCAUCACUUCGCUGCCCUCGACCUCCAACUCCCUGACGAGCUACUCCCAGGACAGCGCCCUCGCCUUCUCCGUCCCUUACUCCCAGGCCCCCGAGUUUCUGUCCGUCGCCCAGGAGAUCCCCGAUGCCACCAGCGACGAGAUCGAGACGACCCACGGCAAGGAGAAAAAGAAGUGGAUCAUGAAGGCCGCCAAGGUUCACACUCGCAACAGCUUCGUCCAGUGGGCUCGCAAUGGCUGGACCGAGUUCCUCGACCUCCUCAAGAACGCCGAGGCCCUCGAUAUCUUCAUCAUGGUGCUUGGCUAUUUGUCAAUGCACCUGACCUUCGUAUCCCUGUUCCUCUCCAUGCGCCGCAUGGGCUCCAACUUCUGGCUCUUCACCAACGUCCUCUUCUCCUCCGUCUUCGCCUUCCUCUUUGGUCUUCUCGUCACCACCAAGCUCGGUGUCCCGAUUACCAUGGUCUUGCUUUCCGAGGGCCUGCCCUUUCUUGUCGUCACCAUUGGCUUCGAGAAGAACAUCGUCCUGACCCGCGCCGUGCUCUCCCACGCCAUUGAGCACCGCAAGCCCCAGGGUCAGAAGGACGACAACAAGUCCAACAAGAAGGCCGAUGUCUCGUCUCCCAAUGUCAUUCAAUACGCCGUCCAGGCCGCCAUCAAGGAGAAGGGCUACGACAUCGUCAAGGACUACGCCAUCGAGAUCGGUAUCCUCGUUCUUGGCGCUGCCUCGGGCGUCCAGGGCGGUCUUCAGCAGUUUUGCUUCCUCGCCGCCUGGAUUCUCUUCUUCGACUGCAUCCUCUUGUUCUCCUUCUACACUGCCAUUCUGAGCAUCAAGCUUGAGAUCAACCGCAUCAAGCGCCACGUCCAGAUGCGUCGCGCUCUCGAGGAUGACGGCGUCAGCCACCGCGUUGCCGAGAACGUCGCCAAGAGCAACGACUGGCCUGAGUCCAACGGAAAGGCCCCCAAGGAGGCUUCUUUGUUCGGCAAGCAGAUGAAGAGCAGCAACGUGCCCAAGUUCAAGGUGCUCAUGGUCAGCGGUUUCGUCCUCAUCAACGCCAUCAACAUCUGCACCAUUCCUUUCCGCAACUCGAGCUCUCUUCCCAGCUUGGCUUCCUUGACCGGCGGCCUCAGCGCCGUUGUGACAGCCCCGCCUGUCGACCCCUUCAAGGUCGCCUCCAACGGCUUGGACGCCAUCUUGGAGUCGGCCAAGGCCAACGAGCGCCCGACCGUCGUCACCGUUCUCACCCCCAUCAAGUACGAGCUGGAGUACCCCUCCAUCCACUACGCCUUGCCCUCUCCUGCCAGCAAGUCUGGCCACAAGCUCGACGAUGAGUACGACCACUUCGAGAACUACGGCGUCGGCGGUCGCAUGGUUGGCAGCAUCCUGAAGAGCCUCGAGGAUCCCGUCCUUUCCAAGUGGAUCAUCAUUGCCCUGGCCAUGAGCGUUGCCCUUAAUGGCUACCUCUUCAAUGCCGCGCGAUGGGGCAUCAAGGACCCCAACGUUCCCGACCAUCAGAUCGAUCCCAAGGAGCUGGCUCGUGCCGAGAAGUUUAACGAUACCGACUCGGCCACCCUGCCUCUUGGCGAGUACAUUCCUCCUACCCCUAAGCCUGCAACGCCGGAGUCGACCGACGACGAGUCCGAGGAGGCCAAACCCUCGGAGCCGACAGGCCCUGUUGAGAAGCGCACCAUUCCCCAGCUGGAGAAGAUGAUCGCCGAGAAGCGUGUCCAUGAGAUGACGGACUCGGAGGUGAUCACCAUGUCCCUCCGUGGCAAGAUUCCUGGUUACUCUCUCGAGCGUGCGCUGAAGGACUUUACUCGCGCCGUCAAGAUCCGCCGUUCCAUCAUCUCCCGCACCAACGCCACCUCCGACCUCACCAGCAGCCUGGAGCGUUCUAAGCUCCCCUACAAGGGCUACAACUGGGAGCGCGUCUUUGGCGCCUGCUGUGAAAACGUCGUUGGCUACCUGCCCCUCCCCGUUGGUGUUGCCGGCCCUCUUGUUAUUGAUGGACAGAGCUACUUCCUCCCCAUGGCUACCACUGAGGGUGUCUUGGUUGCCAGUGCCAGCCGUGGCUGCAAGGCUAUUAACUCGGGCGGCGGUGCUGUCACUGUGCUUACCGGCGAUGGAAUGACCCGCGGGCCUUGCGUCAGCUUUGAGACGCUUGAGCGCGCCGGCGCCGCCAAGAUCUGGCUUGACUCGGAUGCUGGCCAAGCCGUCAUGAAGAAGGCCUUCAACUCGACCAGCAACUUCGCCCGCCUCCAGACCAUGAAGACUGCGCUCGCAGGCACCAACCUGUACAUCCGCUUCAAGACCACGACCGGUGACGCCAUGGGCAUGAACAUGAUUUCCAAGGGUGUUGAGCACGCCCUUUCCGUCAUGGCUGCCGAGGGCUUCGAGGACAUGAGCAUUGUUUCCGUCUCGGGCAACUACUGCACAGAUAAGAAGGCUGCUGCUAUCAACUGGAUCGACGGACGCGGAAAGAGCGUCGUUGCUGAGGCCAUCAUCCCUGGUGACGUCGUCAAGAACGUGCUCAAGAGCGACGUCGAUACGCUCGUCCAGCUCAACGUCGACAAGAACUUGAUCGGAUCGGCCAUGGCUGGUUCGGUCGGCGGAUUCAAUGCUCACGCCGCCAACAUCGUUGCCGCCAUCUUCCUUGCCACAGGCCAAGACCCUGCACAGGUGGUGGAAAGUGCCAACUGUAUUACCAUUAUGAAGAACCUCCGCGGCUCUCUCCAAAUCUCGGUGUCGAUGCCGUCUCUCGAAGUCGGUACGCUCGGCGGUGGCACGAUCCUCGAGCCGCAAAGCGCCAUGCUCGACAUGCUCGGUGUGCGCGGCCCCCACCCUACGAUGCCCGGCGAGAAUGCACGCCGUCUCGCUCGUAUCAUCGCCGCCGGUGUGCUGGCUGGUGAAUUGUCGCUGUGCAGUGCAUUGGCGGCAGGGCACCUUGUCAAGGCUCACAUGCAGCACAACCGUUCCGCACCGCCCACGCGGACUAACACUCCGGCCCCGGCUAGUGGUACCGUGACGCCCGUCGGUUUGGCCAUGACCAGCGCCGUGGAAAAGGCGGCCGGCAAGAGCUCGGCGGCUGUGGAGCGGGCGCGUCGUUGAGAGGGUUGGUGCAUUGCUGUAUAUAGGCAACUAGAUAAGAUACGCGACAUAAUUACGGAGUUUUUGGGGAUAGAGUAAACAUCACAUGGCGAUUGAGAUACACACACCAUUUUCGCUUGCGCUGCAUCGUGUUUUACAGUGGCGGGAGAAGGAGGAGGAGGACGAGGAGAUUGAGGUAGAAAUAAUGCUCAUUCUCUCUCUCAAGAGAGUCACGCCGGCUUGCAUAUAGAAU